AAAGACCUAGAAUCCUUUGAACGUCAAAAUAUGGCAAUGAAGUUGGUUUACAUUUCGAUAGCCACUUUGUUGGCAUGCUACAUUUUUGUUAACAAAUUUGUAAGGAAUUUUAAUGGAUGGUACUAUAAUCUAAAACUAAGAAACAAAGAGUACCCUUUACCUCCUGGUGAUAUGGGAUGGCCUCUUAUUGGCAAUCUCAUACCAUUCAUCAAAGAUUUCUCAUCUGGCCAACCUGAUUCAUUCAUUACAAACCUUAUUCUCAAAUACGGAAGAAAUGGUAUCUACAAAACUCACUUGUUUGGUAAUCCUAGUAUAAUCAUUUGUGAGCCCGAGAUGUGUAGACGAGUGCUCUCAGAUGAUGUGAACUUUAAGCUUGGUUAUCCGAAAUCAAUCAAAGAGUUGGCAAAAUGUAGACCCAUGAUUGAUGUCUCUAAUUCAGAACAUAGACAUUUUCGACGCCUAAUUACCGCUCCUAUUGUUGGUCACAAGGCAUUAGCGGUGUACCUAGAACGUCUCGAGGACAUUGUGAUCAAUUCUUUAGAAGAAUUGUCUAGCAUGAAACACCCUAUUGAGCUUUUGAAAGAGAUGAAGAAGGUUUCCUUUAAAGCCAUUGUCCAUGUUUUUAUGGGUUCUUCUAAUGAGAACAUUAUUAAAAACAUUGGAACUUCAUUUUCUGAUUUGUAUAAUGGCAUGUUCUCUAUUCCCCUCAAUGCACCUGGUUUUACUUUCCACAAAGCACUCAAGUCACGCAAGAAGAUAGCCAAAAUAGUUCAACCUAUUGUGGAUGAAAGGAGGUUGAUGAUUAAAAAUGGAGAACAUGUAGGAGAGAAAAAAGAUCUUAUGGAUAUUCUCUUGGAAAUCAAAGAUGAGAAUGGUAGAAAAUUGGAGGAUGAAGAUAUUAGUGACUUAUUGAUUGGACUUUUAUUUGCUGGACAUGAAAGUACAGCAACUGGGUUAAUGUGGUCACUUAUAUAUCUUACACAACAUCCACAUAUCAUGAAAAAAGCAAAGGAAGAGCAAGAAGAAAUCUUGAGAACAAGACCAGCAUCACAAAAACGAUUGAGUCUUAAUGAAAUCAAACAAAUGGUUUAUCUUUCUCAUGUAAUCAAUGAAGUGUUGCGAUGUGCCAACAUUGCAUUUUCAACUUUUCGAGAGGCAACAUCUGAUAUCAACAUCAAUGGUUAUCUCAUACCAAAAGGAUGGAGAGUGUUGAUAUGGGCGAGAGCAGUUCAUAUGGAUUCAGUAUAUUAUCCAAAUGCAGAAGAAUUCAAUCCAUCAAGAUGGAAUGAUUACACUGCCAAGGCAGGAACCUUCCUUCCUUUUGGAGGAGGAAGUAGGCUUUGUCCUGGAGGAGACUUAGCCAAACUUGAAACUUCUGUAUUUCUUCAUUAUUUCCUCCUUAAUUACAGGUUGGAACGAUUAAAUCCAGAAUGUCAUGUCACAAGCUUGCCAGUAUCCAAACCCAUUGACAAUUGUCUCGCUAAAGUGAUAAAAGUGUCAUGUGCUUAGCUAGUUUUAAAGUCACAACAAUAGAUGGUAUAAAUCAUCAAUUGCUUGCUUCUCUUAUGAAAUUUUCUACUUAUAUAUUAGUGUUGUUUUUUAGUUGCUUUGUGAUUGUAUGUCUUCUGAAGAAGCAAAGAAUAAUAAGUAUGUAAUGUGAUGUGUCUAUUAAUUGGUACAACUAUUUAAUGAUUUAUUUCAAUGCUGGUUAAUUUGUUAGUAUAAUAAGAGAAAAUAGUUGAUUUGGUUCCUGAA